ACGGCAACUCGCUCCCCGCCGCGCCGGUUCGCCGUUAAUGCCACCCACGCGCUCCACUCCCCCUCCCCGCCGCGCCCACCUGCUCUAGCCUAGCCGCCCGCCCAUGGCGAGGCCGGCGGCGAAGGCGCGGCCGCCGAAGCACCUGGUGGCGCUCGCCGUCGUCGCCGUCCUCGGCCUCGUGAUCGUCGUCGACUUCCUCUGGGCCUCGUCGUCCUCCGCCUCUUCCUCCACCGUCUGGUCCUCCAGGCUUACCCUCUCGACCAGCCCCGCCGUGCAGGCGCCGCCCGUCGCGAAGGAGAAUAAGAAGGACAAGAAACCUGUAGGUUCGAUGCACAUAAAUGCAACUUUUGCAGACUUGCCAGCUCCAGAAUUAAAAUGGGAGGAGAUGGCUGAAGCACCCGUCGUACGUUUGGAUGGUGCUGCUAUACAGAUUAAGAAUCUCUUAUAUGUCUUUGCUGGAUAUGGCACCAUUAACCAUGUGCAUUCUCAUGUUGAUAUAUACAAUUUCUCGGAUAAUACAUGGGGUGGAAGAUUUGAUAUGCCCAAGGAGAUGGCACAUUCACAUCUGGGGAUGGUUACUGAUGGAAGAUUCAUCUAUGUGGUAACUGGACAGUAUGGUCCGCAAUGUAGGGGGCCUACAGCUCGAAAUUUUGUAUUGGACACAGAAACAAAAGAAUGGCAUGAUUUGCCUCCAUUGCCAGUUCCUAGAUAUGCUCCAGCAACUCAACUAUGGAGAGGCAGACUUCAUGUGAUGGGUGGCAGCAAGGAGGAUAGGCAUGAACCUGGGCUUGAACAUUGGAGCCUUGCAGUAAAGGAUGGGAAAGCAUUGGAGAAAGAGUGGAGGAGUGAGAUACCAAUACCACGUGGAGGUCCUCAUAGGGCUUGCGUUGUUGCAAAUGAUAAACUCCUUGUUAUUGGUGGUCAAGAAGGUGAUUUCAUGGCCAAGCCUGGGUCUCCUAUAUUUAAGUGUGUUAGAAGAAGUGAGGUUGUGUAUAGCAAUGUUUAUAUGCUUGAUGAUGGGAUGACGUGGAAGGAACUUCCACCUAUGCCAAAACCAGAUUCCCAUAUAGAGUUUGCUUGGGUGAAUGUCAACAAUUCUCUGAUUAUUGCUGGAGGAACCACUGAUAAGCACCCAAUAACUAAAAAGAUGGUCUUGGUUGGUGAAGUAUUUCGGUUCAAUCUGGACACGCUGGAAUGGAGUGUGAUUGGGCGGUUACCUUUCCGAAUCAAGACCACGUUGGUAGGAUACUGGGAUGGAUGGCUGUAUUUCACUUCUGGGCAACGAGACAAAGGACCGAAAGACCCGUCUCCUAAAAAGGUUGUCGGGUGCAUGUUUAGAACUAAGUUGCAUCUGUGAUUUCCUUAGAACUGACAUGAUCAAGCCAUUCUUUGUGUUCUUUCUUUUGGUACAUAACUGUUAAGAUCCCCUGCGAUGGGUGAAUUCCUUGUUACCAUACGGGAAAUGGGUGGCCAUUGCCACCGAUAUGUUGUAUGCUCAUUCUUUUAUUUAUAUAGUAGAAUCACCCACUUUUGCACCAUUUUGUACAGAGAGAAUCGAUCGACUACACAGUGGCUGUCGCAAUCUUGUAAGUUGUACCAGUAACAUAUAUUGCUUUCUA